AUGUUCUUACUUUUUUUCAUCGGAUUUCUGCUUAGAAGCAAGAUGGGUCGAAUACUCCUUGCCAUAUUAGUAGCGGUGCUAUCAGUUCCAAUUUAUUACAUUUACCUGAAACCUGCCCCACAAUUACCGGAAGUGGAUCUUGAAGAGUGGUGGGGAACAGCACUAUCGAAAUCCAAAUAUAAUGACACUAUUAGACCUUUCAGAAUAUCUUUCACUCCAACAAUGAUAAAAGACCUAAAAGAUAGGCUGAGAGACCGCCAUCCUCUGACACCUCCUUUGAGCGGAGUCAACUUCGAAUAUGGAUUUAACAGCAAGCAGCUGGAGACUUGGCUGAAAUAUUGGGGAGAAAGUUAUGACUUCAGUGAACGUGAAGAGUUUUUCAAUAAAUAUCCUCACUUCAAGACAAACAUUCAAGGCUUAGACAUUCACUUCAUCAAAGUAACUCCCGAGGUUCCAGCUGGUGUGGAAGUGGUCCCAUUGUUGCUACUCCACGGAUGGCCAGGUUCAGUGAGAGAGUUCUAUGAAGCCAUUCCGUUGCUGACUGCUGUUUCGAAGACGAGAGACUUUGCACUUGAAGUUAUUAUUCCCAGUUUACCUGGCUAUGGAUUUUCAAGCGAAGCAAAAAAACCAGGGCUCGGAGCUGACAAAAUGGCGGUAGUUUUCAAAAAUCUGAUGAAUCGUCUAGGAUAUAAGAAAUACUACGUUCAAGGAGGAGAUUGGGGUUCAUUGAUCACAAACAUUAUGGCAACAUUUUUCCCAGAUGAGGUUUUGGGUUACCAUUCGAACAUGGCGUUCCUGAUGAAACCUACUUACACCUUAUCAACAUUUAUCGGAGCUUUGUAUCCGCCACUCGUCGUGGAAGCUGCUGCUAGGGACCGAAUUUAUCCUCUGUUUGAUUUCUACGCUCACUUAAUUGAGGAAACCGGAUACAUGCAUAUACAAUCCACUAAACCGGACACUGUCGGCGUUGCUCUCUCCGAUUCUCCCGCUGGUCUCGCCGCGUAUAUUCUUGAGAAGUUUUCAACUUGGACGAACAAGGUCUACCGCAGCUCUCGUGAUGGCGGCUUACAUAACCACUACACCAAAACACAAUUACUAGACAACCUGAUGGUCUACUGGUCUACCAACACUAUAACUACCUCGAUGAGGUUAUAUGCGGAGACCUUUAAUAGCAGAUACCUUAGCUUAGCAUUGGAUGAUAUACCUACAAAAGUCCCAACUUGGGUAAUUCAGGCUAAAAAUGAAGUUGUUUAUAUACCCACAUGGGCGAUAAAAACAAAAUACCACAAUCUGCUAAAUAACACAAUAUUAGACGACGGCGGUCACUUCCUCGCCUUCCAGCUGCCUGAAAUCUUCUCAAAAGACGUACUAAAAGCCAUAGAAAGUUUUAGAGAAUGGCAUAAGAAAAAUAAAAAAACUGAAUUGUAGUUAUAUUUUUGUUAAUAAAUUUCGUUUUUAAAUUGU